AUGUCUACCUUCGCAAUCGCGUCUCUGCGACCAAUUCCGGCGCGAUGUCUGCACACAACCAAGGGGCUGCUAUCCGUCCAUGUCGCAUCUCCAAGCUCCAGCGCCCAUCUUCGCAUGGUCAUUUCCCUUCCGCCGCGGUGGCAGAGACACCAGUCAACAAGCGCAUUGGAUGGCGUGCAAAAGAAUUCAGCUCAUAACAAGCCACAAAAAGUGACGUUUCGUCAGUUUGCAGGGCGUGCCCUCGGUGCUGGAUUGAAGAAUCUCGCGUUUGCUCUAAGCCCCAGAGGUAUCAAACAGGCGUACAAGGACUCGCCCGGAUCGACCUCCUUUGCUGUCGUCUUACUUCUCAUCACUCUCGGUAUCAGCGCCGUCGCUCUGAGAAGCUUCUACGCCCACUUCUAUAACAACAAAUUGAGCAAAUAUCCCGAGCCCGUUGCCAACACUCUCAGACGAGCGAUUUAUUACAGCAAUUAUGCGCCCGAUCCCGAACUGGCCCUUAAAUUUUAUAAGAAGGCAAUGCAGCAAUGCGCCGAGAUUGGGCUGGACCCGUUCUCGGACGAGGUACUCGGUAUCCGUAUCCAAGUAUCUGCCUGGCUCCAGCAACUCGAAAACUACACAUCAAGCGGCGAGGUACUGGAAUCGAUACUGGCCGACUGCCAAAAUUGGAUCGGUGUGAUGGAGAAGUCUGUAGAAGACGGCCAGGUGGACAAAGGCGGCUAUUACGUGGACUCGUCCAAUUUGGCUGAUGCCAAAGACCUCACUGGGAGGGAUUCCAAGCUGCCUACAAACAGUGAAAAGGGUACCAAGGGUGAGGAAUCGGAAGCUCCGCAUGAAACGCUUUGGCGCAAACGAGAGCGACUUCUUGCUACGGCUGUCAAAACUGCUGUCGCGCUGGGCGAGCUGUACGCAGAUGAACACGUCCUAAAGCCAGAGAAGGCGACUGAGCAUUUCGUCUGGGCCGUUGAAACGACACUCAAGGAGUUUAAUCGUCGUCGAACUGAAGGAAAAAAGCCUGGCGAGGAGUCCUGGCUCACUCCAACUGAAGUUGGCGGCGCAAUGGAAUCUCUGGGACGAGACUACGAGCGCAAGUCACAAUUUCACCUGGCUAUCCCGUUAUUCUUUCAAGCGCUGCGCCUGUGCGAGGUUCCGUGUCAUCGCGCUGUCGUCAUGAACAACCUGGCAGCGUCGUUUGCCCAGAUUCCCGCGUCAUUUCUUUCAAGUUCUCUAUCUGAGGGGCUCAAGGAUCUCGAAAGCGCCGAAAUGCCUAAAACUCGAUCGGAAAGCCUUGCGGCCGCUGAAAAUUGGGCAAAGAACGCGUACAUGCACGGCAAUGAUGUCAAACGCGACGAGCGGACACCAGAGUGCGAUGAAGCGUGCGCCGUGGCCCUAUGCAACUGGGCCGACGUGGCUGCUAUGCUUGGAAAGACUACUCUGGCUAGACAAAAGUAUGAACAGUGCAUCGAACUAAGCAACAAGCUCAAAUUUGCAGACGGGGCUAAGCAGGCGGCGGAUGGUCUGAAGAAGCUCAACAAGGGUUCCAACUAA